AUGUCUCGACGGGACACUCGUAUAGAGCGCUUGGAGUACCCGCCGCCGCCUCCGAGCAACUGCGCUAAGGUGCUGUACUACACAUGGAAGCUGUGCUCCGUGGUGUUCUCACACUUCGUGAUGAUCAGCCUGGUGGUAGCGUACUGCAUACUGGGCGCUGUCACUUUUGAGAAGCUGGAAUCUCAACAUGAGAGGGAGGUAAAGAUGAACAUAUCGCAGAUCCGCGGCAACACCACGCAGAGCAUCUGGCUCAUGACCAACCGUGUGUCGUACCUCAAUCAGACCAACUGGACUGCCGAAGUCGUUGAUAUGUUAAAAGACUUUGAAAAUGCGAUAUUGCUGGAGAUGAAGGUGCGUGGCUGGGAUGGCAAUGAGAGCACCGAACACAUACAGUGGACCUUCUUCGGAGCACUCUUUUACUCGAUCAUCGUCAUUACUACUAUUGGUAUGCCUCACUAU